UGCGCAACACUCUGCGUUAGAGACGGCAUGCGCACAACUCCACAACACGGUCACCAGCCGUACAUCGUCGGCUGCAAGCUCACACGCCGCGUGUAAUAGAUGGCCACACUCAAGGACGAGCUGUGCAACGUGCCACAAGCCAAGGAAGAAGAUGGGCUUUCGCCGUUCGAGAAGAAACCAAUGGCCACAAUUGUUGCUUUAGAGCCCAAGGUUGACGAUGACAACGCCAAGGCAACACAUUCGUGGGACUUCACGCCCAAGAUGACGGUAAAUCACAAGCAGCGCUUACGCUUGUACCUUCAAGUGGCGUACCCUCCCGUAUGCUACAAAACGAGUCAUUUUCGCAUUACCAUGGUUGUGUACUACACGCGCAAGUACUCGAGCGUCCUCGACAAGGUUGGAUGGCGCCGGUCUUUUAUCGCUCUCGAGGUCCACCCCGAUGUCGGCGUCCUUGUCGUCCUCAACACCAACGCCCACUACCCACUCGACACUAUUGUUCGCGUCCAAUGGCACGCCAAUCUGAAGGCACUGAUCGCGCUUCCGGAAGACGACAGGCUCUGCGUCAAAUUUGAGACGCCGGACGCCCUCAAAGCAUUUCUCUUGCACCUGGGCGUGUGCCCAGAGUCUGACACGCGGGGCAACAUCACGCCAGGCAUCUACGACAACCCGGCCUUGGGCCACAGCAAGCACGAAGCCGCCCUCGCUACCCUCGUUCUCGGCUCGAUGCGGUCCUGGAAAGCCCCCCGUCUUGGCCGCAAAGACCGAAGCGGAAGCCACACGUCGGCUUCAAGUCGCACAAGCAACCCAGGUUGGGUGGUGGCGUAA